AUGGCCAUAGAGAGAAAUUGUCUUUCCCUCAACCCUCACAGAUUCGACCCCUCUCCACUCUCCUCCUCAGUGCCACUCAUCCCCUCCACCGUUGUAGUCCCUGGCUCACCCAUUCCUUCCCUCGCAGUCACACCGGCCGUCGCCCGUAGUCCUCCGUGGAACUCGCCCAUCACUCGAAGUCGCACUCCGAAGCCGUCGCCUGUUGUUCUCCUCGGAACUCACCCGUUGCGCGUUGUCCUCCGUGGAUCUUGCAGCCGCUAUCGUCCUCCACGAUACAAUGCAAUAAACAGUUGCAUUCCUCUACAUCCUUCACCCAGCUCUCUGAAACUCUGCAUCUAUUUUUCUUAUUUGCAGACAACAGCAUUAAUGUUGGCAUUCAGUGAACAUCUUCGGGAUAACUAUAGUCUUGCUACUUCUGAUGUGGAAAACAACACCUAUUACGUUGAUUUUCCUGGCUGCUAUAAUGCCUUGCUUAGACCCUUCGGGUUUCCUCUCCUUUGGUUGGAACUUCGGAAACACACCCGUGAUUUUUGGCUCAGCAAUUCUUGGAUUCUUGCUUUAGUGGUCUGGUGCUUUAGCAUUAGGAAAAUAGAAAAAUAGCAAAUUAGAGAUUAGAGAUGUUGAGGUUGAUAGUGAGGCCACUGUUAUUAGGUGGCCUAAAGGUCAUGCAACAAAGCUCACCUCCUUUCAAGAGAGUAAUAGUGAAAUCCAAACCAUGUUCAGAUAUUGCAAAGUCCACCAUGGACAUAACCAAGUAUGUCAUCAUUGUUAUGUUCAUAUCAUUCAAUGAACUAGAGACAUAUAAUUUAGUUGUUCUGAUUGUGUGUUUUCCGAUGAACUUCUAUUUCAUUGCAGAAUUCAGAAAGAGGAAGCCAAAAUC